AGAUUAAAGCAAUUGCAAGAGCAAAGAUUCUCCUUUUUCCCUUUUUUUCGGGGGGGUGGGGGGUGGGGUGGGGGGAGGGAGCACCCCCAGACAUUCCUGGACAUCUCCCCCAGCCCCAAGCACGCCAUAAACACUGACAAGAAAAAGUUUUUAUUUCCUGGUUCAACUUUUUUUUUUCCCCUGGAAUAUAAGCAGAAGAAUGGGAAUAAAUACGAAUAAAUAACAAAGCGAGGCCGCGCAAGCCGGGAUGCGCCUGGCUGCAGCCUGCAAGGCUUUUGUCUCCCCACCCUGAAGCCAGCCUGGCGUCCUCCUCCGUUCUUUUUCUUUCCUGGUCCCUUUUGCUUUUCCUUUUAAAAAAGACGCCCUCUCCAGCCCCCUCGCCGGUGACCUUGGCCGCCUAGGAUGCUCUGAUUCCGCAUCUCCCUCCAACUUGCCCCUGCGUCGCCUUUCCCAUGGCCGCAUCCGAGGACGGCAGCAGCUGCCUUGUGUCGCGGGGCCGCUCGCAGAGUGACCCCAGCUUCCUCAGCGACUCCUCAGCCACCUCCACGGACGCCGGGGAGAACCCAGAUGAGAUGGACCAAACUCCCCCAGCACGCUCAGAGCCUCUGGUCUCAGGGAUUCGAACUCCCCCUGUGAGGAGGAACAGCAAGCUGGCCACCCUGGGCAGGAUCUUCAAACCUUGGAAAUGGAGGAAAAAGAAAAACGAGAAACUGAAGCAGACGACGUCAGCGCUGGAGAAGAAGAUGGCUGGCAGGCAAGGCCGGGAGGAACUCAUCAAGCAGGGACUGCUGGAGAUGAUGGAGCAAGAUUCUGAAAAUAAGGCAUGCAGUCCCAAGGAAGGCUCCCAACCUGUGCAGAGUGAGCCGCCCGCUGGCGAGCAGGAGACGCUGACCUCGGAGGGCGCCCAGCCCGGAAGCCCCUCGGCCAGUGGAACAGAUCAGGUGUCCCAGGAUGAGCUUCUGUCCUCCGAUGCUCAUCUGGAUGAUACAGCCAAUAUACCGUCUGCAUCCACUGCGGAAGAAGCAGACGCUGGCAGCCUCCUGCCCACCACUGAUGAGCCCUCUCAAGCCUUAGCUGGGUCUGACUCCCUGGACAGUCCUCCCAGAUCCCUGGAGAGAUCUGUGAGCCAGCUCCCCAGCCCUCCACUGCUGCCCACCCCGCCACCCAAGGCCAGCUCUAAAGCCACAAAAAAUGUCACAGGACAAGCUGCGCUCUUCCAAGGCCCCAGCAUGAAGAACAAUGAGCCGGCUCUCAGAGGACAGCUUGCCACCCCCACAGGGUCCCCUCAUGUCACCACUGUCCACCGGCCACUGCCCCCCAGCCGCGUGAUGGAGGAGCUGCAUAGGGCACUGGCUACAAAGCACCGUCAGGACAGUUUUCAAGGGCGGGAAUGCAGAGGGUCUCCAAAGAAGCGGAUGGAUGUGCGUCUGUCUAGGACGUCCAGCAUGGAGCGGGGCAAGGAGAGGGACGAGGCGUGGAGCUUUGACGGGGCCUCAGAGAACAAGUGGACGGCUACCAAAGACUCCGAGGAGAACAAGGAGAAUCUGAUGCUGAGCUCCGAGCUCAAGGAUGACAUGCUCCUGUAUCAGGACGAGGAGGCGCUCAAUGACUCCAUCAUCUCGGGAACUUUGCCGAGGAAAUGCAAGAAGGAGUUGCUGGCAGUGAAGCUGAGGAACCGGCCGAGCAAGCAGGAGCUAGAGGACCGGAACAUCUUCCCCAGGAGGACCGAUGAGGAGAGACAGGAGAUCCGACAGCAGAUAGAGAUGAAGCUGUCCAAAAGGCUGAGCCAGAGACCCGCCGUGGAGGAACUGGAGAGAAGAAAUAUCCUGAAACAAAGGAAUGAUCAGACAGAGCAGGAAGAAAGGAGAGAAAUCAAGCAAAGAUUAACAAGAAAGCUUAACCAGAGACCCACUGUUGAUGAAUUGAGAGACAGAAAAAUUCUGAUCCGUUUCAGUGAUUAUGUGGAAGUAGCAAGAGCACAGGACUAUGACAGGAGGGCAGACAAGCCCUGGACAAGACUGUCAGCAGCAGAUAAGGCAGCAAUUCGUAAAGAAUUAAAUGAAUAUAAAAGUAACGAAAUGGAGGUACACGCAUCCAGCAAGCACUUGACAAGAUUCCACAGGCCAUAGAGAUUUUCUUCUGAGAAGAAUUUGUGUUUAAUUUUUGAUACCAACACUGAACAUUCAUCAGGGAACUUUCCUCAAGUCUAACUGCUGUGUUUGUGAGAAGAGCAGAAUCACGGAGACGCAAUCCUGACCACUGACUACAAGAGGAGCAACCCAGAGGAUACACUCCCCUCUCUGGUGUCUGAGGAGUGUGAACCGUUGGGGUCACUUUAGGCCCAGAGUAACUCUCCCAGAAGAAAACUUGUUUGCCUUCAACCUUGUUUUCCAGUUCUGCAGCGUCAUGGAGGAUGGGCGGGCGCCAUGCAUGUGCAGGCUCACACUCCCAGCCUCCGCCACGCCACGAGGGACCUGUGACCCAGUGUCAUUCAGUAUUUUGUUGAGAAGACAUUUUUAUCCUAAUGAUUUGAAAACUAAGUUCAUGUUAUAGAGUGGUUUACUGUACUAUACUUUCUCUUUUUUAUAUGAUGUCUAACAAAAAAAAAAUACAGCUCCAACAUUUUGAUUCCUGUUAAUUUUGUUCUUUAAUUAAAUGACUACUUAUUACAGGAAAUGAAUAAAGGCUUUCACUUUCUUGGGGUUGGGAUGAGGUAUAGCUGGGGACUUUGAAAAAAAAAAAGUCAGCGCUUUUGAAUAUAAACACAAGAAAGGAAAUGCCAACUUUGUUCUCUGUAGAUUCUGUCAAAUAUAUACAGGCUUGUGCCUUGACAAACUAGUUACCAUUUUUUCAAGUUAAUUAAUUGAAAAUUUAUGAAAGAGUAUUGAACACAUUUAACCUAGAAGGAACUUACUGGAAACCCUAACAAAAGGAAAAUCUAUACCUUCUUUAAGAAAAGUUGUAAGUUUUCAUUUGUCUGCAUUAUCAAAACCCCUAUUAUAAGAGGUUUAGAUGGAAUGAAGGUUUGGAGUAAGUAGUUUACUGAAAUACAAGGGGAAGAAAUGAGCUGACAAACAAUAAAAAUCCCCUACGUUUGUUUAUGGGUUUUUUUGUUGUUUUUAUUUAUUUGAUUUGUUUUUUAAGUUUUCUCUCAGAAAGAAGCCUUCCUACCCCUCUGCCCAGGAUAAUGGCCAGCGGUAAACAAUGGCUUGGAGCUCAAAGACCUACACUCAAAUGUAGGCCUCUGUGCACUUCAAGCAGGUGACUUGCUCUUUAGGAUGGCCUCACACUUCUGUAAUAUGUGGUAACUAACAUGCUGGCACAAGCCAGGCACACUCUCGGCACUCAGUUUGUUAGCUAGAGAGCACUGAGACCAAGCAAGUGUACUGAACAAAUUGACUCAGCUACCACAUCCCAUUGCUCUCCCAGCUCUCUAAGACUUCUUAGGACAUUUGUGGCAGUUCUCUGGCUAAAGAGGCUGAUGAUCAGUUCUGAUACUAGCAAACAUUCCACUAAUUGAAUUCAUUUUCAAAAAAGAAAUUACAGCAGAACGAUUCUAGCUUUACCUGUUCUAUGAUGUGUGUGAAUUAAACUUUUUGUGGGUGGAAGCCAGUGACUGAAUUUCACAAGCAUGUAGAAUAUUUGAAUAUGGUAGUGUCUAUUGAUUCCUUAGUUGUGGCCAGUUAAUAUCAAAGCAUGUCUUUCCCUAUUUCAAGAUACAUAUCAACAGCUCCUAUUUUAUAUUUUGCUUAGUUUAAAACAUGAGUGGUCCAAAGUUUUACACACACACACACACACACACACACACACACACACACACACACACACCAAAAUUUCAGUCUCUAAGAAAUACCCACAUAACUAUUACAGGAAAAGGGGAACCUGCUGCUCUUCUAGAAAUAGCACUAACCCACAGGGGAUUAACUCUGCUUAGAGCGGAGCCAAGUGGAGACUUUCUCUGCUCCAGCCAAGUCCCAUAGAUAGUGGCUGAAAAAAACUUAAGGUAAAUUAUAGGAUAUCCAAGGAAGGAUUUCAGUUUGGUUAAGGUCAGAGCUGCAAUAUAACUAAAAGUGUUAGAAAUUUUCAUUUUAAUCAAGGAAUUGGCAAUAGUACCCAAUUUCUACCAUUUUAGUUUUAUUAAUCAUAACUUUCUAUGUUUCAUAUUCCUAUGAGUGUCAUAAGGGGAAUUAGGAGAUUUGAUAGAUAAAUCUGAUAAACUCCUUAACUUUGCAGUGACUAAGUGUGUAACCCAUCUUAAGCAGCUUCCAAAGUAGAUUCACACCAUAUAGAGCAGUCCACUUAUAUGGCCAUGGUGCUAUGCAUAUGCAGUCACCUAUGACAAUCUGAGCUUGAAAACAAAAUUUAUUUUCAAGUCUAGAGGCUUAAGAAAAGUAUUUCUGUUGCCUUAGAGGUCUUUAUUCCUAGUGGCACUGAGAAGGUUAUGUGUCAACUUUACAAAUCAUUUGCUUACAUUUUCACAAAAUGUGCUAGAGCAAAAUUACUUAAUGCAAGUCUUAAAAAGAUUACAAACCUUACUUAAACAUCUGUAACUUUAAGGUAAGUAUUAAAAAUUUAAAGAAAUCUAAAGUUUAGUUUUCUGACCUGAAGAAUUUUUGGAUCCUUGAAUUUGGGAAAACAAAGGCCUCCUAGGAUCAAGAGGUCCAUCUUGUGGAAAUCUAUGGUAACUACAGGUUUAAGCUUUCCAUCACAUAGUAGCAAGUCAGAUUCUAGCUGUAGUCAGAAGCAAAUUCAAGUCCAUUAAAAUAUGGGCACCAGGGUGGUGUACUUAUGUAAACCCAGCUCCUUGGAUGAAGAUCAGGGUUUUAAGCCAGCCUUAGCUACAUAAGACUCAGCAUAAAACCAAACCAAACCGAGCAAAACCCCAGAUUUGUCCUGAAUCUUUUCAGUACCCAUUUAGCAAGUUAUUUUUCAAUGGAGCAACUGAAAAUAUGCAAAUAAAACCAUAUAUACCAGUGUCUUCAAACAGACAAUACCUGUAAGAUAUCCCUAACUCCAUCUUGGUGCACUGAAGUACACUGCUUAAGCAAUGGGAAGCUAGCAGUCAUGGUUCUGUGAGAAUAACAGUUUUAUAUUCAGAGC